AUGCAUUUUGUAGGAGUAAUUUAAGGAUGAAUGUGUUGAAAUGAUUUUGAAAUCCCCAAGCACUAUAUACACGGAAUGUAUCCUGCUUUUAAACUGCAGUUCGUCUAUGUGGCUUCGACUUAACCAGAGUAGUGUUUGUCUUCGAUCUGUGUGUUGACUAGAAAUCAAGAAAAGACAUGAGGAGAUUUGCUUACUGCAAGGUGGUUCUAGCCACUUCACUCAUGUGGGUUCUUGUUGAUGUCUUCCUACUCCUGUACUUCAGUGAGUGUAACAAAUGUGAUGACAAGAAAGAGAGAUCUUUGCUGCCGGCACUGAGGGCUGUUAUUUCAAGAAACCAAGAAGGGCCAGGAGAAAUGGGAAAGGCUGUACUGAUUCCUAAAGAUGACCAGGAGAAAAUGAAAGAGCUGUUUAAAAUCAAUCAGUUUAACCUAAUGGCCAGUGAUUUGAUUGCUCUUAACAGAAGUCUGCCAGAUGUAAGACUAGAAGGAUGCAAGACAAAAGUCUACCCUGAUGAACUUCCAAACACAAGUGUAGUCAUUGUGUUUCAUAACGAAGCGUGGAGCACCCUCCUCAGAACUGUUUACAGUGUUAUAAAUCGAUCUCCACAUGACCUGCUCUCUGAAGUCAUCUUGGUAGAUGAUGCCAGUGAAAGAGAUUUUCUCAAGUUGACGUUAGAGAAUUACGUGAAAAAUUUAGAAGUGCCUGUAAAAAUUAUCAGAAUGGAAGAGCGUUCGGGGUUGAUACGUGCCCGUCUUCGGGGAGCUGCGGCUUCCAAAGGGCAGGUCAUAACUUUUCUUGAUGCACACUGUGAGUGCACAUUGGGAUGGUUGGAACCCUUGCUGGCAAGAAUAAAGGAGGACAGGAAAACUGUUGUUUGCCCCAUUAUUGAUGUCAUUAGUGAUGAUACCUUUGAAUAUAUGGCUGGAUCGGAUAUGACUUAUGGUGGUUUUAACUGGAAACUCAAUUUCCGCUGGUAUCCUGUACCCCAGAGAGAAAUGGAUAGGAGGAAAGGAGACAGAACAUUGCCUGUCAGGACCCCUACUAUGGCUGGUGGCCUAUUUUCUAUUGACAGAAACUACUUUGAAGAGAUAGGAACUUACGAUGCAGGAAUGGAUAUCUGGGGUGGAGAGAAUCUUGAAAUGUCUUUUAGGAUUUGGCAGUGUGGGGGCUCAUUGGAGAUUGUGACUUGCUCCCACGUUGGACAUGUUUUUCGAAAGGCGACUCCUUAUACUUUUCCUGGUGGUACUGGGCAUGUCAUCAAUAAGAACAACAGGAGAUUGGCAGAAGUUUGGAUGGACGAAUUUAAAGAUUUCUUCUAUAUCAUAUCUCCAGGUGUUGUCAAAGUGGAUUAUGGAGAUGUGUCAGUCAGGAAAGCACUAAGAGAAAACCUGAAGUGUAAACCCUUCUCUUGGUACCUAGAAAACAUCUACCCGGACUCUCAGAUUCCAAGACGUUAUUAUUCACUUGGUGAGAUAAGAAAUGUGGAGACCAAUCAAUGUUUGGACAACAUGGGCCGCAAAGAAAAUGAAAAAGUGGGAAUAUUCAACUGCCAUGGUAUGGGAGGAAAUCAGGUAUUUUCUUAUACUGCUGACAAAGAAAUCCGGACCGAUGACUUGUGCUUGGAUGUUUCUAGACUGAACGGACCUGUAAUUAUGCUGAAGUGCCAUCACAUGAGAGGAAAUCAAUUAUGGGAAUAUGACGCUGAGAGACUCACCUUAAGACAUGUUAACAGUAACCAGUGUCUUGAUGAACCUUCAGAAGAAGACAAAAUGGUGCCUACCAUGCAGGACUGCAGUGGGAGCAGAUCCCAACAAUGGCUGCUAAGGAAUAUGACCUUGGGGGCCUGAAGACGUUUUCACCCAAGCCAUGAAAGUGUCUGCACUUUUGUUUUUCCAUUCUUUCAAUUAGGAUGAAAUAUUAACUUUGCUGAAUUGAAAGUUUUAAAAAUCCUUUUAGUAUUCUAAAACACAGCUGUUUAUAAUUAAUUUUUAGGAAUGUUUGGGGAUUUCCCUACUAAAAUUUCUAUCUGAUUGAAGAAGCACACACAUAAAAAUAUAAGUAGCAAAAUGUUAUUAAACAUCAAAAGAACUUAUAAAAUGAAUUGUGUUUGCUUUUAAAAAAAGUCUAUUGCUCUUGUGUCACAAGGAUAGUUGGGCUUUAUUUUAUUUUUUCUUAUCAUAGUAAUUAAAAGAAAGAUUAUGUAAAAUGCCUUAUAAAAUAUCUUCAUUAUGAAACAUCAUCAAUUAUUUAGAAACUCAUUCUCUCUAUUGAAAGGUCAUGUACAAAUAUUGAAUUUCUAUGUCAACCAAAGGGCCAAACAGUAAACUAUUUCUGAGAAAUGAUUUUAUUUUAUAAAAUCUUACCUCUAAAUACUUGUAUCAGGAAAAAGUUAACUUGGAUGUUGAAUGGAGUAUUUACAAAUGCACCACAUGUAACCAAAAAGAAGAGGAAUUUGACAAGUCAAUUUAAAGUACAUAAGAAACUAAUAAGGCAUUGAGGAAAAUAAAAUGACAUUAAACUGUAACAAUCAAAUCACUGUAAGAGAAACUUGACUAGAUUACAGUCAUUCCUAACACAGACUCAAA